GGAGCUGCGGGCGGAGCAGGGGCCGCCCCUCGGCACCCGGUCCCCGCCCCCGGCCCGCGGGCCGCCCGCUGGUCCCGCCGUCUGUCAGGUGCGAGGGGACCGGGGCGGAGGUGUCUGUGCCUCCUGGAAGGAUGGAGGACAGGUCCCCUGAUAAUGUUUGGUUACAAAAUGACGGAGGAUGUGAAUGAAUGAACACUUCUGCCCAGAGCCACGUGCUGCCUGGAGCCCUCCCCAUUGCUUCUCUGGGCCCCGCACACACCGGCCUUCUGUCUGUGCCCCGCAUGUGCCCCAGGGCCUUUGCUCUGGCCAUUGGCCCUGACUAAGCCGCCUCUGCAGCUCUUCGCAUGGCCGCCUCCUUGCCAUCGUCCAGAUCACCUCCUUGGAGAGGCCUUCACUGAUCUCCCAGCAAGGAAGCGUCCCGGUCUGUCCUCUGAUUCACCCACUCUGCGGUGGCCCUGCCUUGUUUUCCUUCUAGCACUUGUUGGGUUGCUCGCGUGUUCAUCUGUCUGCCCUGGCCAGAUUGUGAGCUCCCCGAGAGCGGGGGCCGCGCGUGUCUCAUUCUCUCCUGUGACUCGGGCACCCGGGACGGUGCUUGUGCGCAGCAGGCGCUCAGACCGCGGUGACUGGCUGAAGACACGACGGGGCGAGCGAGGGGACAGAUCCUCUGCGGCCCGGCAGGACGGUGUCCCUCGGUGGCCUCGAGUUACCUCUGUAAAGCGCUCGGACACGGCUCACCCUCUCCUCUCUCUCCUUCCUCCUCCAGACACCGGCCGCCCACUUCCGCCGAGCAGGAUGGCCAACUUCACGCCAGUCAACGGCAGCUCGGGCAACCAGUCCGUCCGCCUGGUCACGUCGGCCCAUAACCGCUACGAGACGGUGGAGAUGAUAUUCAUCGCCACGGUGACGGGCUCUUUGAGCCUGGUGACUGUCGUGGGCAACAUCCUGGUGAUGCUGUCUAUCAAGGUCAACAGGCAGCUGCAGACGGUCAACAACUACUUCCUGUUCAGCCUGGCUUGCGCCGACCUCAUCAUCGGCGCUUUCUCCAUGAACCUCUACACCGUGUACAUCAUCAAGGGCUACUGGCCCCUGGGCGCCGUGGUCUGCGACCUGUGGCUGGCCCUGGACUACGUGGUGAGCAAUGCUUCUGUCAUGAACCUUCUCAUCAUCAGCUUUGACCGGUACUUCUGCGUCACCAAGCCCCUCACCUACCCCGCCCGGCGCACCACCAAGAUGGCGGGCCUCAUGAUCGCCGCUGCCUGGGUCCUGUCCUUCGUGCUCUGGGCACCUGCCAUCUUGUUCUGGCAGUUUGUGGUGGGCAAGCGGACGGUGCCAGACAACCAGUGCUUCAUCCAGUUCCUGUCCAACCCAGCGGUGACCUUCGGCACAGCCAUCGCUGCCUUCUACCUGCCCGUGGUCAUCAUGACGGUGCUCUACAUCCACAUCUCCCUGGCCAGUCGCAGCCGAGUGCACAAGCACCGGCCCGAGGGCCCGAAGGAGAAGAAGGCCAAGACCCUGGCCUUCCUCAAGAGCCCCCUGAUGAAGCAGAGCAUCAAGAAACCCCCGCCGGGGGAGGCGGCUCAAGAGGAGCUGCGCAACGGGAAGCUGGAGGAGGCGCCGCCCCCCGUGCUGCCCCCCCCGCCGCGCCCCGUGGCCGACAAGGACACUUCCAACGAGUCCAGCUCCGGCAGCGCCACGCACAACACCAAGGAACGACCAGCCACGGAGCUGUCCACCACGGAGGCCACCACGCCUGCCAUGCCCGCCCCGCCCCUACAGCCGCGGGCCCUCAACCCCGCGUCCAAAUGGUCCAAGAUCCAGAUUGUGACGAAGCAGACAGGCAACGAGUGCGUGACAGCCAUCGAGAUCGUUCCUGCCACGCCGGCCGGCAUGCGUCCGGCGGCCAACGUGGCCCGCAAGUUCGCCAGCAUUGCCCGCAACCAGGUGCGCAAGAAGCGGCAGAUGGCGGCCCGGGAGCGCAAGGUGACGCGGACCAUCUUUGCCAUCCUGCUGGCCUUCAUCCUCACCUGGACGCCCUACAACGUCAUGGUCCUGGUGAACACCUUUUGCCAGAGCUGCAUUCCUGACACGGUGUGGUCCAUCGGCUACUGGCUCUGCUACGUCAACAGCACCAUCAACCCGGCCUGCUACGCUCUCUGCAAUGCCACCUUUAAAAAGACCUUCCGGCACCUGCUGCUGUGCCAGUAUCGGAACAUCGGCACUGCCAGGUAGGUGGCAGGGGGGCCACAGAAGGUGCUGGUGGUCACGAGUGUGUGCUGGGCUGCGUGGUCGCUCACGUGGCCGUUCAGGGAGAGAUUUGGAAGCAUCUCUCCGCGUCCAUGUUCACCGAGGAGGAGAACUGAGGUCCCCAAGACCCCGUGAGUCUCAGGAAGAAGCUCUGGCUGGAUUCAGAGAGACCAGAUCUCCGCUCAGGCUGAGGAGGGUCAGCCCCAGAAGCGUCCGAAGCCAAAACUGCCUGGCCCGCCUCCGUCGCCCUGCCUCAGGGAGCUGGGGGGGGCACCGGCCUUCUGGGGCGCCUGCCCCACUGUGACCUAUCCAGCAUGGCUGGAAGAAUGGACGUCUGGAGGGGGAGCAAAAGCCCAGGAUCCCCUCGGGAGGAGCAGAGGAGCCAGUGCCUGGGAGAGGAGGCUUGGGAAGGGGGUGGAAGGGUGGGGCCCCCCCAUUCUGCUGUAGUUGGUGCUUUCUCCCUGCUGCACCCCGCAUGUAGGCCCAGCCCCUCCUCCCAGGUCCCAUCCCAGGGGCAGAGAUCUCCCCUUGCUGCAGUACUCAGCCAGGCCCUGGUUGGGUGGGCAGGUGGGUUAGCUGGAGGCCAGGUGGAGUGGGCUCUUGGGCACCCCGCCCUCCCUCACCCUCCCACAGCACGGCCCUGGUCACGGUCAGGAUGGGGCAGCCGGGGGAUCAGGGUCUCAACACUCAGGAACUGAGGCCUGGCUUCCUGCGGUCCCAUGCUGAGCAGAGGCCCACUUGAUUCUGAAGAGCCCUCCCAGCAGGCUUCUGCAGAGUGUGAGGGAGGCCCGGGGGCUCAGGGGAGAAUGGGGCCGACUUGACCCACACAGGCCUCAGUGGCAGUGGGCACAGGCAAGCAGCCCCCAUUUCUUCCCUCCCAGUGGACAGAACCUUCUAGUGGUAGUUGGGCUGUACCAAAGGACCUUUGGCUGAGAUGAGGAGUGUCAGUUCUCACGAGCCUUCUGGGUUCUCUCCCAGCCCCUGGUAUGGCCCCCUGGAAAGACCACACGGAAGGGCUCAGGGGACCUGAUGGGGGCACCCUUUCAGGAGUGAGGAGGG